AUUAAAAGCAGUGCGGGUGGGAGCUGCCCGCCGCAGCGCUGCCUGACUGCCUGCCAUUCUUCAGGGCUGGCACCAGCUCCCCCAGUCUCCAUGGUUCACCCUGGCCCCAUUGUUGGGGCAGGGGGGUGCUGGCAGGGAAUGGGCAGAGUUCCCAUACCCUGCCCUACUUGGGCAUGCUGCCUCUGCUCCUGCCUGGCCUCCAGCUCACCUGGCUGGGGCUCUGGGACCACCAGCAUGGUGGGGAGCCAGGCCCACCCCCGGCUGUGGGGUUGGCACUAGUCCUCAGGAGCAUCGCCCAGUCCCACCAGUGUCUCCUCUACUCAGGAUUUGCUGUGUGGCAGCUGGGGCUGAUGGAACGUGGUGGCCUCCAGCAUGCCCACAGCUGCUCUCACUGAGCAGUCUGGGGAAACUGAGGCACAGGAUGGCUGGGGGGGCACUGUGGGAGUAGGGCAUGGUGGUGGGGCUGCAGAAUCGAGUCCCCUGCACUGCACAGCGAAGGGGGCAGGUGGCCAAACCCCCACUAAGGCAGCCGGCGUCAGUGAAGGCCAGAGGCACGGGAGCAGGAAGGUCAGAGAGAGCGUCCUGCCUCGCAGCGAGGGAUUAGCGCUGUCCUUGCUGUAUCACGCGGCCCUGGGCCCGUUCCCUGCCUAAUCCCCUCAUUCUGGGCAGCGGGCCAGUACCGGGCAGGGGCACCAGACCCCUCUGGCCCUGCCUGGGCUGUAAGGGACAGAGCUGCCCCUUUGGCCCCACCAUGCCUCUUUGGAGGGACUCGGUCCCUCAGCAGGUCACCCGGCCUGGCUCAACACUGUGCUGAAAUGGGGACCAGGGAGUCUUGGUGCCUCCACUACAGGCAGGACUGGGAGGCAGCAGGGAAAUUGAGGCACCAGGGUCAGUGGCAUGCAGUGCCACUCCAGAGCUGUGCCAUGGCUGUGGUGGUGCAAGCAGGAUCUCAGAACCAGAGAGCAGCAGGCAGAGGUAACAGUGGCAGUGCUGAGGCAGUAGGGGUCUCAAACCCCCAAGUGUACCGAGUUCUGUCAGGUUUUGGGGUGGGCAGCAUGUGCUUGCAGGACAGCCCAGCCCUUGUGGCCAAUCCUAGUCCACCAUGUGCCAGGGGCGCAGUGCCUGCAUUGCUGGAAUGCCCACUGCAUCCCACAGCCUCACCCCAUGGCUCUCCUUUCCUCACAGGGUGCUGGCCCCGCAAACAGCUGGUGAGGCAGAAUGGUGCUGGUGCUGGCACUGUGGGCCUGCCUGGCACUGGGCACAACCAGUGAGGAGAGCCCGGCACCUGAGCCCCUGGCAGGUGGCCAGCCCUUUGCCGUGGUGUGGAACGUCCCCACCGGGCGCUGCCAGCACCGCUUUGGCAUAGGGCUGCCCCUCAGCGACUACGGCAUCGUGGAGAACCAGGGUGGCCACUUUGCUGGCCAGAACAUCACCAUCUUCUACAAGAACAAGUUUGGGCUGUACCCCUACCUGUCACAGCACGGCGUGCCCCAUAACGGGGGCCUCCCCCAGCGUGUCUCCCUUGACGCCCACAUCAGCAGGGUGGCCGAGGACAUCCGCCUCCUCCUGCGACCCGCUUUCCAUGGCUUGGCCGUGGUGGACUGGGAGGAGUGGAGCCCUCUGUGGGCCCAAAAUUGGGGAGCCAAAAAGAUGUACCGGACAGCCUCAGAGCAGUGGGUGCGGGACCAGUACGGCGUCCUGCCGGCACGGCAGCAGCUCCGACUGGCCCAGCUGGAGUUCGAGCAGGCAGCACAGGCUCUGAUGGAGGAAACACUUCUGGUGGGCCGAGCCCUGCGCCCUGGGGGGCUCUGGGGUUUCUACCACUUUCCCGACUGCCUCAACAGCAACUGGGCCAAGGUGGCAAACUACACCGGGCAGUGCCAGCCGGCGGAGGUGCAGCGUAACAACCACCUGGGCUGGCUCUGGGCCGCCUCCUCCGCCCUCUACCCCAGCAUCUACCUGCCGCCGGCGCUGCCGCCCGCCCUGCGCCGCCGCUACGUGCACCACCGGCUGCGCGAGGCCCUGCGCGUGGCCGCCUUCGGGCCCGACGGCCUCCUGCCCGUCAUCGCCUACUCGCGCCUCGCCUUCCGCCGCUCCUCGCGGUUCCUGCAGCUGGCUGACCUGGUGCACACCAUCGGGGAGAGCGCGGCGCUGGGAGCGGCUGGGCUGGUGCUCUGGGGAGACAUGUCGUACUCCCGCUCGGCUGAAAGCUGUGCCAGCCUGCGCCACUACCUCGUGUCCACCCUGGGUCCCUACGUGGCCAACGUGACGGCAGCAGCCCGAGAAUGCAGCUACGGGCAGUGCCAUGGACACGGGCGCUGCGUGCGCCGGCAGCCCCACGACCUGGGCAGCCUCCUGCACCUUGGCCCCGGUGCCAGCCCGCAGGCUGCCUUCCGCUGCCACUGCUACCGUGGCUGGGCAGGUGAAAACUGUGCCCAGCGGGUAUGGCUCAGUCCUGCCACCUCCUGCCAGGUGCCCGCCCACGCUCACAGCCUCUACGGGCACAAGGAUCCCACAUCCUCUGACACCUGCCUGCCACAGGGCACGUGGGGCUGGUGACAAAGGCCAGGGACCGCCAUGGUCCCCUACUCCAGCAGUGCUGCUGCUGGCACUUCCUAUGGUCUCAUAACCUAAAUAAAUUCUCCUGGCACA